CCGCGCAUGCGCCGUUCGGCGGCGUGAGGGGGCGGCCGCUGCGAAACCGGGCUCCGGCAGAGGAUCUCGCUCCGCCCAGCCGCCUCAUUCACGGCAUGGCCGGCUGCUGGAGCUCGGCGUAGCUGGCAUAGCUCGUAGCGGUCGGGGCGGUUCGUGAGGUGUCGUUCCCCCCCGCUCGCGGCGAGGUCGCCCCUCAAGGUCAAAGAUGGCCGUUGCGGGCGGGCGGUGAGUGCGGGGGUGGCGGCCUGCCCGCGGCGCCAUGGACGGCUUCCUGGAAGAGGAGGAGGAGGAAGCAGCGGUAGCGGCGACGAAGAAGAAGGCGGCGGUGGGGAGCGCCCUGCUGCCGGCCCUGCACCUUCCCUUCCUGCCGCCGCACCUCUACCAGCCGGCAUCUUCCCAUGAAUACAAGUUAAACUUCAAGAAGAGCAAGGAAAUGUGUUUAAGUUACAUUCAGGAUGCCAUGCUACAAAAGCAGUGGAAAAAGGCUGCAGAGUUUCUGACCUUCUAUAUUGAGUCACUAGAGAAGGACUUUUCCACAGAAUACGUGAGUCCAUCUGAGAUGAUUUGGAGAAUAGGAACUGAAAUUCUGUGCCAUCAUUCCCGUAGCAGCAUGAAAGAGUUGAACUCUUUCACAGAACAGAUGAAAUCUUUAGGAGUAAAAAGGUAUUUGAAGGUUUGUUUAGAGCACACCUUUCAUCUCCUUUGUAAUGGACUAAUAGAUGAAGCUUACCAAAACCUAUCCUUGUCAGAAAGUUGGAGGUUUGGAGAGCAAACAGUCAUUCAGGAUAAAGAAAUGAAACUGAUUAAGGCUUACAAGGGACUGUUGGACUACUAUAACUGGUCUAAGCAGAAGAACAUCCUGUUAGAGCAUGGUCAGGAUGGAUUUGAAGACUUGUCUGUUGAACAGGAAAUGCACAGUUACUUUCGGAAGGCAGCAGUGAACUUAAAGGAGAUCAUUAAAAUACCCGGAGUCUGGGAUCUCUUUGUGAAAUGCUAUGUGGAUUUGUUGGAGUUCUACGGAGACCAUAAUGAAGCCCGCCAAGUAUUAAAUGAGUAUGCCUACAACUCAAAGUUUCCUGCUAAUCCCAACGCUCAUGUUUACCUCUAUCAGUUCCUGAAGAGACAUGGUGAAUCAAAGAAAUCACUCGUAUCUGCACUCAAGAUCUUGCAUGAGGUUGUUCCUUCUCAUGAACUAAUGAUAGAUUUUAAUAUCAUGCUUCAAAAAUCAAAGAAAAGAAAAAGACGUCGCCUGGGGCUAGAAGUUAUUUUUGCAGUCUUGGAUUAUGCUGGCUGGAAGGAAAAUAUAAAAGCAUGGAGCUGUUUGGCAAAACAAGUGAAACAAAUUGUAAUCUCUGAGAAGCAUCUUGACUGGAUCCAGCAAGAGUGGAACUCCAGAAAGGACUGGUGGCCAGCCUUCCAUUUUAGCCGUUACUCGGCAAAAAGGAAUUGGCAGGAAAAUGAAAGCCUUUCAUAUGAAAAAGCUCUGGUAGCUGGAAUCUUGCUGGGAAGGGGUUGCAAGUACUUUAAAUAUGUAUCGCACCAAGGCUGCAAGGCUCAGGUGAAAAGGUUUCGAAUACUGAAGAAAUUUGUGAAUAAGCACAAUCCUGUCUACCUGAGAAUAUCUGGUCUUUCAGAUUGCUCUGUACAACCUUGAUUAGAACGUGUCCUUAAGGUUCUUGCUGUAUUUCUUCCUAUCUGUGAAACUGACUUGUAAAGUUCUAAAACUUCUAGGCAGACCCGAUUGACUCUGUUCUAGAGUUUUUUAUAUAUAUUUCUGUAAAAACACCUUGGUUUGUAUUUAUUUUAUAAUAAAACAAAUAUAAAUCAACUGAUAAGGUUGACAAUUUAAUAUUGGUCACAUAUUUCUGUGUGAAAUGCAAACAGCAUUGAUUUCAAAUACAUCUUGAGAAAUAUUUAGUAUUAAGGUGUGGAAUUUCUGUAUCAAUAGUAUUUUAGGGUUGAUCCUCCUCAUGUUUAGAUGUGUAGAUGGUGACUUAAGACUGCUGGAAGGUAGUUCAAAAUCUGUUCAGGAUUAGCAGUGGCGUUCAUAACAGGCAUUGUGUCUUAACCUAGGAACAGUACACAAUGCAGAGUGAAAACGCGUUCUCAGCCUGUAAAGGUUGCAUAGCUUGCCGUUUAUAACUGAUCAUUUCCUGAAAUACAUGGAAAACGGAGAGGCGUAUGUCACUUUUUUUUCAUUGUAUAUUGAGAAGAAUUGCAGGUUGUGAAGAUCUGCAGCUUGUCCAAAUAGACGAUGCUCUUCAAUGUAUCUAGAGGCAAUUUUUCCACAUGUCAUACUUACGGGUUGUGUGUCCAGUUCAGGGGUUGUUUUCACAUCACUGGUAGAAGAGACUAAAAGGUUGCUGUAGCUGCAUGGUUACAGAGGGAAGCUAGUGUUGCAGUACUUCGAAAGAGCAAAGGCACAGAACUACUGAAAACUUGUCUAGCUGGUAGGAUAGACUUUCUAGAAUCUUCUUGCAGUCUUGCCUAGGAGUUGAAAUGUGUGCUGUUGCUGUGUUUGGAAAGCAAAUGUUAAUGUGUUGUCACAAACUAGCAUUCUGGUUUGCUUGAAAACAACAACAAAGUGGUUUCCAAAUACUACUUCUGUUUUAAUGACAGGUCUGUAGAACUCUGGUGGAUGAACUGCUUGAACUACCUCUGGGAAUGAAAUAAAGAAAUCUUUAAUAGCAUAGUAGUAUAUGGAUAAGUACAGCUGUGCUUUUAAAAGCUGAGUGUUUGUCUGGGAAUUUGGUCUGGGUUAAUACAGGUCUUGUGAUAUGUGCUUUAAGACAAUGGGUCUUAAAUGUUACAUGAGCUACUUGCCAUAACUGUAUGUUCUAUCAAAAAAAAAAAGGCAAUUAUCUGUCAUUCCAGACGUGUGUGCUAGUUUAGUUCUGACUCGCUAAGAAUGCUGCUGCCUCAUUCUGUAGUAGUCUAGGUUCUGUUGGAGGUCUUCAACUGAGUUUUGGCUGUUUUGAUUUAGAUUGUGAAGUUUCAAAACAGUCUUCCCCUGCAUCUCUCUAGUAAUGUGUCCCAUGCAAUCCCCCUUAGUCCGAAAGGUGAUCCAAACUGUUUCUCCCAAUGACUCAUCUUGAUGAGUUUCAGGCCUGGACAAUGGGGCUAAAGUUGUCCUGGGAGAGCUCUGUGAGGACACCGGGCAGGAUGUCCUGUCCCUGGAGUCCUUAAUUUGCCUUCCUGCCUGCCAUUGUGCCCCUCUGCUCCUCUGGAUUUGCAAAGAUGGGCCUUUGAUAGGCUCCUGUGAUGGGCCUGGGAGCAUCCCAGCAGGGUAUUAUUUGGGCUUCCCCCUUCCAUUGCCUCUCUGUGCUCCUUUAUGAGUGUGCAGAAGAGUUUUUAUCAUAUAACCUAACAGAGUAGUACAGAAGUUGGAUGCUGCUUGUUGAGACCUCCCAUAUAAUUUUCCUUUUGUCCCCUUAGCUACCUGUGGGAGAUGCGUAUGCUUUGGAGUAGCUGAGAAACUGUUCUUUAUUGAGGAAGAAAUUUGCAACAAAGCAGCAGGGGAUCAGGGGUGGAGCUUUUUCCUAUGACUUGUGGAAGGAGGAUUGCUGCCAGGGAUAAUGUUCUCUCCUGGUGCUACAAUUACCAUGCCGCACUCAGCCAGUAGAAGAGCAGCACAGUCUCAGCUUUCGCAUAACUAUCUGAAUCAUGGAUUUUUCAUGUCCUGCAAGAAACUUGCUGUUUCCUGACACCAUAGUACUUCUACCAGAGACAAACCUGCAGAUUGCAAGUUCUGAGCUGGAAUUUCCUGUGUAAGUUAUUCAGUGCAUACUGUGUUUUCAAGCUUGUGUGUUGUACUUUGGAUAUGGUAAUUCCUAGUGGACUGGAAUAUUCUGCUUUGGCUCUGAAUUCUGUGGUCUAGGUUUGCUUUUCUUAUGACUUGACGUCUUCAUCCUGUGUGAAAAACUUCUGUGAGGCUUUUUCCUUCUGUGAAACAAAUAGCACAUCUCUUCUUCACUUCUCCUUUAUGCAGAGGAACUUGUUUGGGGAAUCCACAUCUUCUGGUCCCCAGCCCCAGUAUCUGUUGUCCUUCUGUUGUUCUCUCUCUUGUUCUUGUAUUCUUAAUAUUAAAACCUAACAUAAUGAUU